AUGUAUCUUCCAGUCGUUCUCGUCUCCACGCUGGCUGCAGCAGCCACUGCACACCAGAAUAUCCACCAGUUCUGGGUCAACGGCGUCUCCCCAGGCUACGAGGUCGGAAUCCGCAAGGCUCCGAGUAACAGCCCAGUCACAGAUGUGAACAGCAACGACAUCACAUGCAAUGUCGGCGGCAACACGGUCCCCUCGGGCGUGACCACCAUCGCCGCCAAGGCCGGCGACACCAUCAAGGUCCAGUGGGACUCGUCCACGCACCCUGGCCCCAUCACGCACAUGCUGUUCGGCCCCGUCGCCGAUGCCUCGCAGGCCACCGGGGUGGGCUCGUGGGUCAAGGUUGAUGAGCAGGACUAUGUUAACGGCAAGUGGGCGAACGAGAUCAUGAUGGCGGUGAACAUGACGCAUGAGUUCAAGCUGCCCGCCAAGCUUGCGAGUGGCGAUUACCUGCUCCGCAGCGAAAUGCUCGCACUCCACGCCGCGCAGACACAAGGCGGCGCUCAGUUCUACAUCGGAUGCAUGCAGCUCCGCGUCACUGGAAACUCGGCGACCUGCAGCCCUAAGAUCACACUGCCUGGCGCUUACAAGGCUACCGACAGCAACAUCUACAUUCCCAACUUCUACAACGGCUUCGAUCCUACAACAUACAAGGCACCGGGAGGCGCGGUGGCGACAUGCUCAUAA